CUUGCAUGUCUUAGUGAGGUACAUCCUCGGCUAAAAUAUGCAGGAAGUCUGCUGACUCCAGCCCUGAGCCACCACCAGAGUAUUUGCCCAUGGUCAGUGGCCUGUCAGCUGAAUGUCACCUGAACUGCUGGCCGCUCUGCAGGGACACCUGAAGACCAGCAGCUGCAGCAGGAGCUUUGUGGAAUGAAAGAAGGAAGAAGAGGAGGGACCGAGGAGGGCUUCAAGGAAGGCGUGCAUAAAGGUUUAACUGCCUCUUGUGGAAACUGAAGACACGGAAGUCUCCCCAUGGCUCAUCAUCCCAUCCGCAAAUAUCAGGAGAGUGACCGAAAAAGGGUCCUGGACUUGUUCUCCCAAGGGAUGGUGGAGCACAUCCCCGCCACCUUCCAUCACACACUGAAGUUGCCACAAACACUCUUGCUCUUACUUGGGGUACCUGUCUCCCUACUCCUGGCCACUGGCUCCUGGCUCCUGGCUCUUGGAUCCAAUGUCACUCUCCUUGUGUUCCUAUGGCUCCUGGCCAGAUACCCUUGGAGGAAGUAUGUGGUCACGUGUUUGCACACAGACCUUGCUGACAUCACUAAAUCCUACCUGAGGGCCUGUGGCUCCUGCUUCUGGGUCGCCGAGUCUGGGGGACAGGUGGCAGGCAUAGUGGGUGCUCUGCCAGUGGAGGACGCCCCCUUGGGGAGGAAGCAACUGCAGCUGCUUCAUCUCUCUGUGGCCUUGGAGCACCGAGGUGAGGGGCUAGGGAAAGCCCUGGUUAUGACUGUCCUCCAGUUUGCACGGGCUCAGGGGUACAGUGAGGUUAUCCUUGAUACUAGCAUAGUACAGCAGGCUGCUCUGACCCUCUACCUGCGCAUGGGCUUCCAGAAGACAGGAGAGUACUUCUUUAACAAGAGCUUUAGACUAGUGAACCUUUCUACCAUUCGUUUAAUGUACUACCUCCCAUCUGCACAGGAAGGAGACCCAUGAGCUACUAGUAGUCUUGUGUAUCAGUCAGGAUCUGAUUGACAGUCCUGUAGCACAAGGAAACCUGGCAUUUUGGUGUAACAAAGAAUGCAAACUCAUUGCUGGUGCACAUCUGAGUCCAACAUGUUUGAUGGUGAGGUGUGAAUAUGGGGGCUUCUACUCCAUUUUGUGCUUCUAGGUGACAGUAAUUCAUUACUCCAGCACCACAGCAAUGUUGUAUAAAUAAGAAGCCAAGAGAACAAUGUGCACAUACGUUUCUUAUAUGUCUGUGGCCAGUCAUUUCUCCUGGUCUCUGCUGGGCAGGACCCUAGGCCUCAGGAUACCUAUGGAAAUAUCCUGGAUUGACAGUAGUGCCAGUGACACUGUACCUCAUCAAGCAGGGUUCAGAGCAGCCAAUGCAAAAGGAGAAAGGAACAAAGACUUCUCCAUGACCACACAUGUGUCACUUGUGAAAACAUCCCAGACUAUGUGGAAAAUGGAGCUGGCUCAGAAGUGGAGAAG